CCUUCGCCGGGUUCGUCUAAUUUGAGUCGGUGCCUGCUGGAGAAGCGUUUUAGCGAAAUUUCGGGAACAAACUGCUUUCGAACUGCACGAGGAUUUUCCUUGAAUUUUGCAUUCUUUGCAAAACAAAGUGUGUACUGCGGGUCCCUUGCAGUGAAGAGCUGUAUACCUUUUUCGACCAACAACGAAGGGAAGAGUCGGACGCAACAGGAAGUUCGAGAUCUAGCUGAAGUGAGGAAGGGAAGAAAACAAACACCACAACGAUACCACCAGAAGCAGAGCCGAAUUGUUAGAUAAAAUCCUACGUGAAACAUCUCUCCGCUUGAAUAGUCGACAAGAGGACUCCGCUGGAAAACAUCCAUUCCUUCCGUAGGAGUAACAAGUCUCAUUAUGCCAACCGAAGAGGAACGUCUAGUUAUACCGGAUGUGCCCCGGGGUCCCCUAUGUGCGUACCGGUCGAAGGCGAAGUUUAACUGGAAAGAUUUUAGGCUAGUGCUGGAGGAUAAGGAACUGAUUAAAAUUAAAUAUGAUAUCUGGUGUCGGUUAGAAUCGGAACCACUUUUCUCGCCGGUUACGUCAACACUCUCGGCCGACCAGCAGAAGGAACGUGCGGCCCGGCAGGUGAACCGGAUCACAGAUCUGGAGCUAGCGCCGUCAGAAAUCUACUCGAAACCCUACAAGUACCGCGUCCGCUACCUAAUGAGCAUCAACGAGGCGCUGCACGCUGUCUGUCCGAGCCUGUCGGUGAAGAUUGCGCUCGGUGUUGGCCUGUUCACCAAUUCACUGCUGGCGAUGGGUACCGAGCGGCACCAGGACACGUACAAUAAGGCGUGGAAUAGGGAGAUCGUCACUUGCCUGGCGAUCACGGAGGUUUCGCACGGCAGCAACACCAAGCGGUGCCGCACGACGGCCAAGUACGAUCCGAGUACGCAGGAGUUUAUCAUCCACACACCGGACUUUGAGGCGGCCAAGUGCUGGGUGGGCAACCUGGGCAAGACGGCGUCGGUGGCGCUACUGUUCGCGAUCCUCUACACGGCCGACGGCCAGAGCCAUGGGCUGCAGGGAUUUCUGGUGCCAAUUCGCGAUCCGAAGACGCUCCUGCCGUACCCGGGCGUGACGGUGGGUGACAUCGGUGAGAAGAUCGGGCUGAACGGCAUCGACAAUGGGUUCGUGAUGUUCAACAACUAUCGGAUCCCGCGCGAGAAUCUGCUGAACCGGACGGGUGAUGUCACGCCGGAGGGUGUGUACGAGAGCACGUUCAGUGAGCCGGGUAAAAUCCUCGGUGCGGUGCUGGAGUCGUUCUCGGCCGGUCGAUUGGGGAUCAUGCAAGAAUCCUCCAACACGCUCUCCCAUGCGGCCGUCAUUGCGGUGCGAUAUGCGGCACUUCGCAAACAGUUUGGCCCCGAUCGUGAUGGGCCCGAGCAGUCGAUCAUCGAAUAUCAACUACACCAAUGGCGCAUCUUCCCCUACCUAGCGGCGGCCUGCGUACUCAAGGUGUCCGUGUUUGCCAUGACCGAGAUCUACCUGGAGACGGUGCAAAAGUCUCAGGCCGAAUCGAACGGGUUCGAACUGCUUACACAGAUCGUAUCGGAAAUUCACGCGCUCGUGUCGUCGUCGAAGCCACUCGUCACGUGGACCGCGCGGGACGCAAUCCAGGAAUCGCGCGAAGCGUGCGGCGGCCACGGGUAUCUGCGGGCGGCCAACUUGGGCGAGCUUCGAAACAACCACGAUCCGAGCUGCACCUACGAGGGCGACAAUAACGUGCUCGGCCAGCAGGCUUCGAACUGGCUUAUCCGGCAGUGGAAGAACGCCAAGGUGGAGAGCCCAGUCGGGACGGCCACUUUCAUCAACCGAAGGCAGCAGAUUUUGAAUGGGAAUUUUGAAGCCCUACGAGGUUCGGGUGUGAGCGUUGAAAGUUCACAGUUCGUUAGUCAGUGCUACGAGUGGCUUAUGUGCUGGCUGCUCCAGCAAAGCGUAACACAGAUGGAGGAAGCCAGUCGAGCCAACUUGGAUUCGUUUACGGCCCGCAACAACUGUCAGGUAUAUCGGGCGCGUGACCUAAGCCGAGCCUACGCCGAAUAUUACGCGUUGGAAAGUUUCAGGACGCGAUGUGCACGGAGUGAUGUUGGUCAGGACCUCCGUCCGGUGUUGUUCAACGUGUACCUCGUGUACGGGCUGUGGUGCAUCGACCGGCACAUGACCACCUUCUACGCUGGAUCGUUUGCCAACGGGCCCGCCUUUGGUGACGCCGUUCGCAGCACGCUGUUGCGCGUGUGCGGAGAAAUGAAGGAUUCGGCCGUGGCCAUCGCCGAUGCACUGGCCCCACCCGACUGGGUGCUCAAUUCGGUGCUUGCCAAGUCCGACGGGCGCCUGUACGAGAACAUUCAAUCGGUGUUUAUGACAAAUCCGGGUGCGAUGGAACGGGCCGCGUGGUGGAAGGACAUCAUACCGACGAAGCAGAAAAGCAAACUGUAAAGGGAUGGUCGACCGGCGGCGGGUCGAGCCCUUAACGAUGUCCUCUCCGGAAGGCAACGAUUCGAAGUGUGCAAGAAGGUAUUUUUGAAGGCUUUUUUACGGGUUUAUUUUUGUUCUGUUUUACGGAUACGGAUCUUUUAACGAGGACUAUCCCAUCCGAUCCGAUACGAUUUGGUAACGAAUCACAACCAGUAGUGCAAUCUAGGGAGAGAAUCCGUAUCUACGGAGAGAACCGGAAUUAUCCGUGAAGCAUCAUCGUACGUUAAUGUCUGUAUGUUAAUGUGUAUAUUAAUUGUGUCUAGGUCAGGCGAAUAGUGCGUACAAACUCCCGUCGUCAACUUCUCAAAUGGUCAUUGGGAUACAACAAUGAGUUCAUAUUUGUACGUGCCGGGUGGCCAUAUCAAUAAGGAAUAACGUUUUCGCAGUUUCGUUUUAAAUGCACACGGUUUUUCAUA